AUGCUCGAUGCCGGUACAACCACGCUGAUGCUGUCUGGCCUUCCACUCAAGCUCAAUCGAAGCAUGCUCCUGCAAUUGUUGAAUGCCGAAGGCGCCGGGAGGUACGAUCUCGUGCAUGUGCCGUACGACACAAUUGCUCAUCGGCCUAUGUCCGUGGCGAUUGUCAAUUUCACCGACUACACGAGCGCCAACAAAGUGCAUGGCUUCUUCAAGAUCCUGCAAAAGGAAGCCGGCUGGAGUUUGCAUGUGGUUCCUGCAGCAGUUCAGGGCUUGGCAGCAAAUCUGGCCUUCAUCGUGGCUAGCUCCAGCCUUGGCUUUGCAGCCAUGUCGGAGCCCUCCGGGCCCCUGAUCUUCACGGAUGGUGUGCAGGUGGCCGACUCCAUCGCGUUCGCAGCCUGUUGCAUUCCCCCAGCCUUGCUGGUGGAGGCUAGGAGGCUGAUCGAUGUCGAUGCGCGCUCACCAUCCUUUAAGACGGCCGGGAAGCGGAAGUACGGCAAGUACCGAGGGACCCAUGGCCGGUCGGUCCUCACCGCGGAGGCCGCCAAGCUCUUUGCCAGGGCGGCGCGGGGAGCUGCGCUGAAGGCGGCGCUCUGGCGCUUCGACGAGGAGCGAUCGGUGCAGGCGGAGGUUGCCUCAUUGCGAUCAGCGCUCCUGCACAAGAAGAGGGUGGAGGUGGCGCUGCGCGUUGGCCAGCACUGGCGGACUCGGGCCUACGUGAGGGCCACUUCGCGACAAGUCUUUCUGCAUCGCCAUGAGCCGCUUCGCUUGCAGGGAGCUUGA